CAGACCUUGCUGAGUGAGCAGCUUGCUCUCCUAAGAACUGCGACACUCCCCCAGUCCUUUAAAGUUGCUUUAUUGUGUUUUUUUAAAUGUUCAAUUGCAAGAAGCUGCUGGGAUUCCGAAGAAGGCUGCAACACCACUGACGACCGCACAGAGUUACAUCUGGCCAGCUCCUUACUUGGGAAGCUGCAGCCACCACUUUUAAAAUUCUUGUAGAGGGCGAGAAAAUAAGUCUUAUCUUUUCAGUGUUCUGUCAGCUGCGUUUGGAAAGCUCUUACGGACUUCCGUCAUGAGGAAUCAGCAAAUUCCUGCAAAUAGGGUAAAUGACUUGUGUGCAGGAAUAGGUGCUUCAUGCAUGGAGGACAGGUCUCAAUUGUCUGUUGGCUCUGGGCACCAAAUGAAGGGCCAGCCUCAUUUCAUCAAAAGGAGAGAUCGCAGGGACACAUGGACCAUGAACCAAGCAGCUGACACCAUAACAAACAUGUACAUGUUCCACACGCUGGACAACAGUAAACACAGCGAUGGAGGCAGAUCCGUGAUUGCACAGCCCAUAUUUGUUUUCGAGAAGGAACGCCCUUGCAAGGUACGAACGGAAGCCUCCCCUUCUUGCACUUCUCCUGGCAACACAUCUGGGAGGCCUGCAGAAGACCCUGUGUGCAAGACCGAAAAAGUUUCCACUGGUUCUUCCAGAAAACGUCCAAGAUCGUCGUCAUUUUCUUUUCAAACUUCCGACUCCCAGUCAUACAGAGAAAAUGUGCUUUCCCCCAAAAGAGCAAGAUCAUCUUCCUUUAACAUCCUUCCAACAUUUCCACCACCCCAGCCAGUAAAGAAGAAUAACAUAUUCAUGACCUCAGCACUACUACAAAAGAACACUGCUGUGAAAGAAACAGAAAAAGGUCUUCCUUCAACAAAUGUACAACGGGAUGUUUUAAGGCCUGCCAUCUUACAACCUCCUCAAGUUCCUUUGCGCAAACCGGUAGAGAAGACUGAGAUUGAAAAUGUCCUGGAGGAUAAACACGAAUCAGACACAGAGGUAUCUGGAGACACCUAUUUGUGGGCAAAUGACUCAGAAAGGCCACUUCCCUCUCUUCACAUUUCAGGCCUUCAAACAAUAAGCAACCAACUACCUGAAGGUAGAACUUUUUCAAGCAGUAGACAUUCUGACUUUGUGUUUGGAGAAAAUAUAGUAGAAAGAGUUUUGAGGCCAGCGAAAUCCCCAGAGCUGCAUUCUGAAAGUGACAACAAUGGGAAAAACCCAACGUCUCCUAUAGGUUUUCAUACCAGGUCUCCACAGACAACGUCGUUUUUUGCCAAGGAUACAACACUAGUUGAAUCAGCUGCUGCUUAUGUAUCUAGCAAACCGACACAAAGAUAUUUAUUAGAUAAAGUUGAAGUUACUACAGGAGAAGAAGCAGAGCACAAUGUGUUACAGAUCAAUUGCAGACUCUUUUUAUUUAAUAAAGUUUCAUCAUCUUGGACUGAAAGAGGCAGUGGCUCUCUGAGACUUAAUGAUACAUCCAGCAAUCAGUGUGGAAUGCUGCAGUCAAGACUGAUCAUGCGAAAUCAAGGGAGCAUGAGGCUCAUUCUUAACACCAAACUCUGGACUCAGAUGGUCAUAGAAAGAGCAAACCGGAAGAGUCUGUGCAUCACGGCUACAGAUUUGGAGGACGGUUGUGUCAAGGUGUUUCUAAUACAGGCAAGCUCAAAGGAUGCAGCUUCUCUAUACGCAGCAAUCCACCAUCGCCUUGUUGCAAUGAGGAGCUUUGCUGAUCAGGAAUGUGAUGUAAACCACGUGGAGCAAGAGCCAGAUAUUCAGGCACUGAAUUAUGACAGUGAUGAGGACGAGAAUGAAAAAAUAACUCAAGUGAGCAACAACAAAUCAGAUCAUUCUCAGUGGAUUCGCCGACAGCCUGUGGUCUGUUCGUGACAAUUUGCUUUCUCCAAUCAAAGUAAAAACAACAACAACUAGAAACUUCUGUUUUUUUUAUUUUAAAAAUACCCAAGGAGCUCUUAUGAAUUCAGCGUGUGAGGAAAUUCUGCACACUUUUUGGAUGACUAAGGGGCAAAAACUUUUCAGGGUUGACUUAGCACACAGAGGAUACACGAAACAAGCACUUUAUGGGUUCCACUCGUCCUUCCUUUUUCUUAAACAGGAAUUAGAGAAUGGCCCCAGCGCUUUAAGAAUUUUUGAAAUAAAAAAAGACUUCUGUUUUUUGAACAAAUGAUCUUCAAAGACAAUUUAAAAGAAAAAGAGAAGCCUAAUUGAAGUUAUUUCAUCAUAUUGAUGGAAUCCAUCAUUUAUCCAUGAAUUACUGACUGCGUUAAUUCCACAUAGAUUUAUCUACACAAUGACUGUCCACAAAAAUCUAUUAUGACUACAGCUAUAUAAUAAAUACUUUUCUUAGCAGUCACAGCAUAGCAUUCAGCAGCUGAUAUUUGUGCGAAGUUUUCAGCAUGGUAAGCUAUUUUAGGGAACUUUCCCGAUCCAGAAAAAUAGAAUAUGAAUGUAGAAGUAGUUGGUUGCAAUUGGUUGUGUUAUAUGCACAAAUCUGGGGCAUGUGGGGCUCAGGGGCGGGAUGCAUCCAGCAACCCAGUAAUGUAUGUACAACAACAAACCUCCUAUUCCAUAGGGAUCUCCCAUGUAACCAAAACUUCUGCUCUGGGAACUUUUUUAAAAAAUAAUAAUACAAAAACUAUGGAGGGUAGCAGCCUAUUCUGGAAUGGGCCAAAAAUCUCUAAAAUAAUUUUGUAUAAAUAAAAGUAACUAAUCUGAGCACUGGAUUAUGCUACAAGCUUGCAAAUUAGCCAGCAACAAUUCAGCAACAGUUUUACUUAAUUGCCAUUUUUGUUUCCUUAGAUAUGUAACCAUAUAAAAAGGUACAGUGGUACCUCGGUUUAUGAACACAAUUGGUUCCGGAAGUGUGUUCAUAAACUGAAGCGUUCAUAAACUGAAGCGAACUUUCCAAUUGGAAGUAAUGGAAAAUGAAUUAAUCCGUUCCAGAUGGGUCCGCGGUGUUCAUAAACCGAAAAUUCAUAAACCGAGGUGUUCAUAAACCGAGGUUCCACUGUAUACAUAUCUUGCAUGCCAUGGAUUAAAAAUGUAAGAAGAGCCAUACAGAAUCAGGCCAAAGACUAGCCAGCCUAUCUAUUUUGUUUCCCACAACAGCCAAUCAGAUGCCUAUGGAAAGCCCAUAAGCAGUAUAUAAGCGCAAUAAACUCCUGUUGUUAUUCUCUGGCAAGUGGUGUUCACCCUAGUUCAGUCAUAAGGCUAAACUGAUGGUUUAUUAAGAUAUGGCUUAGUGUUAUGUGCAAACCACGUCUUACACCUGAAUCUAUGGCUUGUUGUUGGCUUGUGAACUUUGGUUUAAUAGUGGCUUGUGUUACAGGGGAACAACACCCUUUGUUAACCCUGGUUUGUUUAACUGUCUCAGGUGCUCACCAAACUAUAAAGGCAGGAGACAACAGCGGCUGGAUAUGAAAAGCACCUGUGGUUGACGCAUGGUAAACUUGUGUUUUGUUAAAACAAACCAUGGCUUAGCAUUAUAUACCAACCAUGCCAAUCACGUUUCCUUCAAUCCUGGAGAUAGCAUAUAGCAAUCAUGACUAGUGGCCAUUUUAUAGCCUUAUCCAUCUUAUUUGUAAGUCCAUUUAAACUGGUUGCCAUCACCACAUCUUGCAGUAGUGAGUUCCAUAGUUUAACUGUGUGAUAUGAAGAAGUAUUUCCUCUCUUCUGUCCUGAAUCUCCCACCAUUCAGCUUCAUUGGAUGAUUCUGAGUUUUCAUAUCAUGAGAGGGAGAAAAUCUUCUGUCUUGUUUUCUCUAUGCCAUGCAUAACCUUACACACUUUAUACCUCGUGCCCCACACCCCUGAUUUGCCUUUUUUCUCAGCUAAAAAGCCCCAGACAUUGUAACCUUUUCUCACAGAACAGAGGCCAGAUUUUGCAUAAAUACCAUUUUCUGAAGAUCAUACCUCAAGCUUUCAAAACCAGCAAGAAAUGAGACAGAAACGUUUGCCAACGCACCUGUUUGCCAUCAUUAAGUGUGUAGACAGUUAAAUAUUUUUCCAAUGCAAAGGAACACAUCAAAAAUGCUUUUGAAAACUUUGCCUGAUGUGAGGGAUAUCCUGCUGCCAAAGGUAAAAGCUUCAUUAUUAACUACAUGAACACUUAAAAGCUAGUUUUUGUUUGCUAAGGCUGUAUCUGUCAGCCUAGCACAUGCAACAGUCCAAAGAGUAUUUCCAAAGCUCAUAUUGGUAUCCAUAAUUCCACAAGUUGCUGUGUGUUUUUGGAAGAAAUAUGUUCAGGGCUGUGCUCUUUGUGUGUUUCUAAAUGAGCCAUGGUUUUCUCAGUCAUCUGCAUUUCCUGUUUGUGGACACCUUUCAUAUGUAAAGUGCUUCAUGCAGUGCAACCCUUCUCCUCUUGAUUUGGAAGUAGAUCCCACUGUGUUUAGGAUUGCAACCCCAAUAUCAUCCAUGCUGUAUGAGGAAUUGAGGCAACUAUUCAUAGGAAUGUAAGAUGCGGACAAGUCAUGCUUCCCAGUAUUCACUGGGAUAGCUCAGUUGGUAGAGUGUGAGACUCUUAAUCUCAGGGUCGUGGGUUUGAGCCCCACAUUGGGCAAAAGAUUCCUGCAUCACAGUGGGUUAGAUUAGAUGACCCAUGUGUUGCCUUCCAACUCUACAAUUCUAUGAUUCUGUGAUUCUACCCACUGAUAUAUAUAUAGAUCUUUCCCAAAAUAGGAACAGGGCAAACCUCCUUAGAAAUAGCCUGUGGUACUGGAAGUAGUACACAGCCAUGAUUCACAACUAGUAGUCAUCAACAACCCUAUCUUCCAUGAAAUUUUAUAAAUAUUUUUUAAAGCCAUCCAAGUUGGGUGACCAUCACUUAAGAACUCUUGGCAGUGGUCCAUCUACUCCUGCAUCCUGUUCUCACAGUGGCCAACCAGAUGCCUAUGAGAAACCCACAAACAGGACCGGAGCAGAAGAGCACUGUCCCCACCUGCGUUCUCCAGCAAAAUCACUACAUCUUGUGGCAGUAAGUUCCAUAGUUCAACUAUACGCAAUCCUAUUAAAAAUAAGAAAGUGGCAUGGGUCCAGACAAUGGGUGUCAACCUCAGAAAGACUGCAUUGUUUGCUUCACACUUUAGUCGUCCUUAAUCCAUCUUGUUAGCCUCUCGUCUUGGAUAAUUUGCUCUAGGCAUCCUGUAUAAAAAGGACAAGUGGCUCAUGCAACUGUUAGGGGGAAAUCAGAAGAGCCUGAUGUUAGGUGCACAGGGGCAAAGCCCUUGAACCCUCUAUGGGUCUUGAGUCCUAUCCAGCCUUAUCAGGUGCUAACACAACCCACACAUCUAACAGUGAGUGAUUUGCUCAAAAAUAACUAGCAAAUUCAUAACCCAGCUCUGCCACAACCAGCUCACUCCACUAUAUUAUAUAGACACAAUCAGUUAAUUUCGUUGAGCUCUUCUUGAUAAUGUACGUAGUACGUAUAGGUCAUCUACCUCUAACAAAUUAAAUAUUUAGAAAGGGGGGGUGGGUUGUCAGAAAAGAUGUUCCUGCACACCAUGAGCAAUACUUUCUUCAUCAAACAUUACUUUUUCAAAUCACGCUUACUGUAGGAUAGUUGAGAGAAGACCCUGCAGCCAGCAACUACAAUGGCAAUCAAGUUACACGUGUUUUCAAACAAACUUUUUAGCUUAGUCAAAAAAAAUUGCUUAAUAAAUAUUUGGCCCAAAAGAAUUUUGGCAAGACUUAAGUGCUGUUGAGUUUCCACAAGGACUCUACUCCGAUCAUCCCCAAACUGACAAGGAGAGCACAACUAUCAAAUUGUAAAGGUGGUCCACAGUUUUAGAAUCUGUGUAUAUGGAUGAUCAAAUGUAGCAAAAGCAAAGCCCAACUAGAUCAUACCAUUAUGCCCCUUCUGUCUAAGCUGCCAUCCAUAACAAGCAGAUUAAGUCCAGAACAGUUUUUGAACAGUUCCUAUCAAAACGCAAAGCCAUAAACCAUGUUUGCAAAGCACAACAGUCUGUUCAUUUCGUAACCAGUCAUAUUGAGGAUAUGGUCCAUCAAAUCUCUCUCUGAACUGUGUCUCCACUGCACUCUCAUUCUAAUUCAGGAUUUGUUAAGCUACCAAUCAGAGUCCAGGAAUAGGACUCUUAACAAAUUUCUGGUCCCGAAAUAAAAUAUUUAAAUAAUAAACACAUGCACUUGAACCUAAAGUUGGCCUUAAAGAUUUUAAUUGCACUUACUUCCAGAAAUUGGCUGAACUCGUGUAAUUCAUUUUGAGCAGACUGUAACUUGGAUCAGAUAAUGAGUGCAGUUCAGCAGAUUUCUUUACAAGGUGGUUUAAGAAGAUGGAAUUGGCCUUGUACCCAUGCAGAACUGGGAUAGACUGGACUUUAAUGGCUCCAUGCAUUCCUAGUUCCAAAUACAUGUUAUUUUCUCACUGAAGCCUACUAAUAAAUCAGUGUAGGUUAACACUGAAUAAUCUACUUGUACUGGUUGAGGAGGAAUGCAAAUAUUUUACUACUUGCCCCCACACUUUAGCUAUAUGGGAAAAGUUAAAAUACUAUGCUGAAAGGUCCCUACAUGAAUGGGAUCAGCUUUUAUUCUUGACCAUCUUAUACUUUUUUUUAAAGUGCUGCUUUAGUACUAUUGCAUUGUUAUGAAGGUCUUUAAAAAGGUAUCAUAUACUAUUAUUCAUAUACAAGAAGUUAGGGAAGUAUUCCAUUGUGUUUUGGAUAUUAUUACUGUAUGUAAUAAACAGAACAAUAAAAGUAACAGUGACAAAAUUAAGCCUUGGCUUUUAUUUUCAAUAAAGUAUAGCAUGUCUAUCU